CGGGUCGGGUUGCGCAUGCGCGGGGCCGGCGGGGACAGUAGUUCGGCGGGAUGGCGGCAGCUGGGUUUCCGUGCAGCGAGUGCGCGCUGUCGCUGGCGGCGCUGAGCUUCCUGGCGGCACUGGGCUCCGGCAGCUGUGCAGGCCAGAUGAAUUUAAUGAUCCCUCAGAAUGUUCAAGUCCACAUUAUAAACACAAACAUCACGCUAAAAUGGGACUGGGAUAGUUGGAACAACUUCAGUGUGACAUUUUCAGCUCAUUAUCAGUGGUUGGAAGAUUGUAAGGAAAAUGGAACAAGUUGGACAGAGUUACCUGGGUGUCAAAGUGUCACUGUCACCGAAUGUGACCUUUCCUCAGCAGUGACAGAUUAUUUGUGCAACUAUUCCGUGCGUGUAAGAGCUGAAAGAGGAGAAGAAAAAUCUCCGUGGUCAGAACCUUUCAUAUUUAUUCCAGAUAUAAUAGCUGAAAUUGGUCCUCCAGAAGUGCAGCUGGAAUCUGUAGAUGGAGUGAUGAAAGUCAACAUUUCCCCUCCAGAGGCAAAUUCAAAGAAAAAAAUGUGGGCACAGCACAGUUUUUCCUAUAAUGCCGUUAUCUGGAAAAAGUCAUCAAAUGCAGAGCCAAAAAAUAGAGCUAUUUAUCCUAGAGAUAUAAUUGAUGAUCUUGAACCAGAGACAGCUUACUGUAUGAAAGUUCAAGCACGCCUUAUCUCUGAAGCAAAAAGAGGUUAUUUCAGCCCAGAACAAUGCAUAAACACAACUAGAGCAUCGAAUGGGCUUCCUUGUCCAACAAACGUCACAGUUCAUGCUUUGAACAUGAAAUUUCUUCUCAACUGGGAUAAUCACUACAAUAAAAAUGUGAGCUUCAACGUACAAUAUCUCAGUGGUUUUUAUAAGCAAUUUUAUGAAGAUUACUCAAAUAAGUGGUACAUUGUAGCUGGAUGUGAAAACAUCUCUCAUACACAAUGUGACUUCUCAUCUAACGUCGGCGCUAGUGGAAAUUACUACAUCCGUGUAAAUGCUACGAAUGGAUAUAAUAGAUCAUGUUCCUCAAAAGAAAUAAAAGUGGAUCCUUGUGUAAUAAAUGAAAUUGGCCCUCCCAGCGUAAAAGUAAACUCCGGUCCCAGUUUACUCCGUAUCCAGAUCACUUGUCCAGGAGAGGAAAACAAGUCCAUGAGUGAAUGUUAUGAAUUCACUUACAGAAUUCAGUACUGGGAAAAUUCAUCAAAACCUGAGGUAGAAAAUGAAGUGGCACAACAGCCAUUCCACACAAUCUCAAACUUGAUGCCCUCAAGAGCAUACUGCUUGAAAGUACAAGCAUUUGCACGAGCAUAUAAUAAGAGUGGUCAAUUCAGCAAUGUGAUAUGCACUGAAACACUUAGUGAUCAGAUGUCACCACUAGUUGUUUUGACAACCUUUUUAAUUGCUGUGGUAGUUGUCCUUGUUGUGGCAGUAGUCACCAUCUCGGGUAUAUAUCUUUCAUAUAAAAAGAUCAUAUAUGUAUUCUUUCCAUCAUGCAAGCCUCCUUCUAACAUAGAGUCCUUUGGCGGACAACUCUUCAGUAAUCUAUAUAUAUCGACUUCAGAGGAACCAGCAGAAAAGUGUUGUAUAAUUGAGAAUACCAUUCAAGAAGAAGCAAACCCAACUGACUUUAAAAACUACAGUAACUCUAAACAGAGCAGUCGAGAUUCAGGAAAUUACUCUAAUGAUGACGAUACCUCGGGAAGUAAAGUGUCAGAAGAAACUCUGGAACAGGAAAUAGUAUAACUAAGAAAGCAUCUCAAACAUGAGACUGGGAACAUAACUAGCACUUUGCUGUUGUUCUUGGAUAGAACAAAGACUUUACCUAGUGAAGAAAGGCUGACUUUGGGCUGUUGUUAAGUUUUUUGUUUUGUAUUUUUUUCUACUGAAAAGAAAAAAAAAUAUGGAGAACCAGUAUUACAACACUGUUCCUCUGCUAGAAAUAGCCAAAGGAAACGUUUGGUUUUGGGUACCUUGUACCAUUUUGAUUGGUACUUUGUUCUCAUCUGUUUACAAUAAAAAUAUUUGUUCAUCUGAACAAAGGGUGAUCAGGACACCAUGGAGAUCUUGCUAACAUCAUUAAAGGUGCACUAAUACAGGGGUAGACAGCCCCUGGCACAGGUGCCAGAGCGUGGCACACGAAGGCAGUUUGCUUGGCAUGCAUUCCUCAGGGCAGACAGUGGGGAAGGGGCCAAGGCUGCACUGCCACAACAAGGAUCAGGUCCCUUGUGGCACCCCAACCAUCUGUCCCUGGCAUGUCAACACGCAAGUCAAGGUUGCAAGUGUUUUAGGCACUCUGCCCAAAAAUGUUGCUGACGCAUGCACUAAUAUAUUCAAGGAAAGAUAAUCUUGGCUUGUCAAUUGCUUGUGGUAGGUGUUGGUAUGUUUACUGUAGUCUGAAGAACUCCAUUAAGCAGUUCAUCUUCUAUUGUUUUCCAGAGGCAGAAGAGAACUGAUGUUCUGAGAAAAAGUUCAGUCCAAAACAUUGGCUGGGAUCAACUUACAAACAGCCUGAAAUGGUAGAAUAUAGUUUGUUGAUUCACACAGCAGUGGGAUGCAAGACAGCAGAACACUCUUUCAGUGAUGACUGAAGUAGAUGCUAAAGGGGGAAUUAAGCCAAGUGAAUGUUAUCUGGAGCAGUUAAAGGAAAAUAGCAGGAACUGGGUUUAGAGACAGCUUUGAACACCUUGUCUUCAUCACUGUGUCCAACUGAGUGCCGUCUGCAGAAGAAGAAGAAUAAUAAUAGAACUUCCAAAUCAGAUGAAAGUAAAAAGCAAAAUCCCCAUCUUGCACAAACAGAGUAUGUUCUAUUCAUUUUACUACAAACCCAAAUUAGGGACUUUCUGCUUCAGGGGCGGGCAAUUAUUUCAGCCAGAGGACCGCUUACUGAGUUUUGGCAAGCCAUUGAGGGCCGCAUGAGAGGCAGCCAGGGGCAGAUAAAUACUAACUUUCUAAAUUUUUUAGUGGCCCCAGAGGCCAGAUAGAAUGGCCUGGUGAGCCACAUCUGGCCCACGGGCAGCAUUUUGCCCACCCCUGUUCUACUUUGAUUGCUGUUACCUGGCUAUGAAGUAGACUGUAAAAUGCUAACUUGCAAUUGCAUUGCAGUCAGAUACCUGAAAUUCUGCCCACCUUUGAAAAGAGCAAAAACCAAACAUUAUUCCUAAGUAUUAUUAGAACUAUAUUCCAACUGACUAGUCUAAUUGAAGGCAGAAACAAAUGUCAAAACACCAUAACUAUCAACCCUGUAAAAUAGGAUUAUCUAAUUUGUCUCACUAUAGACCAGGAACAUUAUUACAACUGUGGUAACUAAACUUGAAUUCUGGUUUCUUCUAAUAUUGUAAGGUAUAGCUCUAGAUGCUAGUAUCAUUGUAACUUUUUUUUUUACUUAAAUCAUGGGCGUCAAAGAUGCAGCCUCUGGGCUGGAUCUGGCUUAUGGAGCCCCAUUAUCCAGCCCCCAGUGCUGCCCCUGCAUCCAGAGUUGACCCAUAUGAGAUGUGCCAGAUUGGCCUUGUGUGCAGGGCCUGGGACGUGUGCCAAACUUGGCCUGUUCUGGUUGGCUCAGGACCCACAUUGCAGGUAGUACCUAGCUCAGCCAGUUCAGAACAUGCUCUUCAUUUGGCACCUCCUUCCUCUUCCCUCAUCAGCCGCUCCAGGGCGGGUACUGCGUGCAGUAUGGGUCCCGCAGUAGGUGUCCUUUGUGGCGCACACCCCGGAGUGUGCAUUGCAGGCACUGGAUUUAGAAUGGGAAGGGUUGGGGGGAAAGUCUGUGGACCCCAUCUGGCCCACAGGGCUGGCAGUACCAUUCAUCCAGCCUAUGGACUGGUCCUACACCACUCAUCUAGCCCACAGGUCCAAAGGAGUUUGACAUCCCUGAUUUAAAUAAUUCCUCCAGUGUGCUAUAAUUAUUUUCCUGCAUUACCAGGGUAAGUAUUCUGAGAAAUCCCACUGGGAAGAAUUACUAGUUUGAUUUUAUAAUGUCUAAUAGCUUCUCCAGCUCAUUUCUUGUCUUCUCAAUAGAUCUUCUUCAUACAAAACAUGAAGAUACGUGCUAUACCAAUAGGUUUCCAAUUUUACUUCUCAUGAAUAAUUUUUCCUCGUACUCACCUGUAACUUUAAACAUUACUUUCCUUUUUCACAGAAGAACUGUCAGAGAGUAAGGACCAGAACUCUUCCAGGCUUUUUGUAGGCAUUUAUUGCUGUCAGAAGGAAUUGUUGGUUUCUGUCAGUAUUUUAAAAAUAUUUUAAUCUCCAAGACAUGAAAAAUUUCUCCAAACACUUUAUAUCCUGACUGCUUAUUGAACAAGAUAGUUGGCUUUUUAUGCCAGUUUUUCCCCCUCCCAGUUUUCCCUAAUCUUGCAAUAGUGAUUUAUAGAAUUUGUAUUCUGUUUGAAAAGUCUAGAUACCCAGCAAGUUUUACAAUGGCUUAGUUGAUUAAGAUGGUGUUUUUAAUGCAGUACACUGUGGGAUAUACUAUUGCUUCUUUUUCUACCAGGGAAUAAGGUAGAGAAGGGAGGCAUCUUAGAAAGUAACUGGUUCAGAAAGGCAUGAGCUUUGAGAGAAUUAAUUAACCAUUCCUCUUAGUACUUUAUAUAGUAGUUGUGUGCUUUGAGGGGUGUAUUUGAUUUCUGAACAGCUGCUUUGAAAUUAGCAAGGUUGUUUGAGUUCCAUUGUUGCAUUCUUUUUCCAUGACUGAAAAACUUCCUGCGGAACUUGGUCUGUAGCGUCAGGUUAUACUUGAAGUCAUAGCCUAUAGCAGAACUAUCCAAAUUGUGGCCCAUGAGCAGUUGACAUACAGCCUAUGGACCAUGGCAGCCUCUUUUAGAGUCUAGGGUCUGUGCAAUGAGGUUCUGGAUACUCUGUAUACACAGUCCACACAGUGGGGGGCUGGAGGAGGCCUGUACACUGGUAAUGCUGCAACCUGCACAGCAAGGGGGGCUAUAUACAGGCUACAGGUACCAUGUACAAUCCCCAGCUGUGCUAAAGUUAGGCAUCCCUGACCUAAAGUAUAGAGGACCAAGCGGGGGCUAAUGAGACCUGGGUCUAAUCCCAGUUCUGCCACUGCCUUCUGGGUGAGCUUUGGUAAGACAUUUCCCUUUUUCGUGUCAGUUUCCCCACGUGUAAAAUGGGAAUAACGAUACUUUGUACUCCACUGUUGACCUACUGUCAGUCAAGCCUCUGUGGCCCUUUGGUGCCCUAAAACACCUGGUGCCUUAAGGGCUAUAAUUGGGGCCUCUGUCUGCCCCAUAGCCAUGCCCAUGCCUCUCGGAUAUUACCAGUUAUAACAGGUAUGCAAUGUUUUUGGCCGGAGUGCUGAAAAAACUGCAAUGGCUACGUUGUAAGGUGCCAGCGUGUUGGCAUGCUAGAAAAACAAAACCAGGGUGGGGGGUAUGUGGCAGGACACGCUGCAUAUUAAUAUGGUUAAUAAUCAUGUUGGUGGUAUUUUUGUUUUGUUUUUUGUUUGUUUUUUUUAAUACAGUAAAUCCCAGGUUUUCUAAAAAUUGUAAACCUGGUGACAAUAAAUAAAACUUCA